UUCCCCCUUCGAAUCCACGCGAUCCUAACCCCUCUGUGAUUGCUUGCGAUUUAUGACAAAAGAAAAUGAAAUCAGAUGUUUGGAAGGCUUUAUUCAAUGGGGGAAAAAGCAUAAUCAGCUCAUAAAUUGCUGAAAUCUCAUUGAAUUGUUAGGCUUACCUUCGAUCCGAACAAAGAAGGGAAAAGCUGCGGUGCUUGCUUUAUAGAUAGGCUGUACUUCAGCUUCUUCUUGACGCGCAAUCAUAGUUUCUUUUUCCCUUUAUUUUAGUUGGAUUCGCAAUGUCUAACAGUGCGUUCGAAGAAUAGAUCUGAAGAACUACUUGUGUACUUUUCUUCCAUUUUAAGCUGGUACAUUAGAAGAUAAUUGCUGAAGGGGUCGGUUGUUGAAGGGGAAGGAGCAAGAUUUAUGGGUGGUUUAUGCAGCUGUUUUGGUGCUUCGGAUGAGGAGGAACAAGAACAUGCAGGUUCUGUGGAUUCUUUAUCUGGACAUGAAACAUCCCCUCAUUGCUUUCAGUUUUUAAUGACGUACAAUAUUCUUUUUCAAAGAGGCCAUGUUCGUCCCAUUUCUUCAGCCCAUCAAGGAAGAGCAACUGUGGUUCCUUCUUCUGAUGACGAUUCAAUAUCUGAUACAUAUCAACCUCCUCCUCGGCCUUUACCAUACGACGAUCCCAGCUGCACAGUUUUGCGACCCGAAUCUCAAACAUCUGCAUCAAUUUUAGGUGCUGCAGAAGAUUUUAAAAAAUCAGACUUUGAUGGGGAUUCGAAGAAAACUUUCUCGGAUUCUUCAGACGAGCAGCCAUUAAAGCAACCAAGAACUGGUUUUGCUUAUAUUUUCUCCCAGGUUGAAGAUGAAGAUGUAUGCCCCACCUGCCUUGAAGAAUACACAUUGGAAAAUCCAAAGAUUACACUGUUGUGCUCUCAUCAUUUCCACCUAAGUUGCAUUUAUGAAUGGAUGGAGAGAAGUGACAAAUGCCCAUUCUGUGGCAAGGUGAUGCUAUUCACUGAAUCACAAUGAAGUUAUAAUCAUCCAAUUUAAUUUUUUUUUCCUGAUAUUUUUGGAGAAAAUCUUCUGCUCUAUGAAAAGAAAAGCAUGAUCAUGUCUACAUCAUGCACACAGCCUUUGUUGUUGGUUGCAUUUUGUAAAGGAAAGGUAAUUAAACAGAGAUUUAGAGCCUUCACAUUUGUACAGAUACUUGACCCACUUUUUCACUUUUUUUUGCUGUUGCUGUAU